AUGGACUCCUUCACUACCUUCCUCGCUAGCGCACUAGCACCAGAGAUCACCUCUCCUGCGUCGAUCAAAAUCACACAAUCGACAUCCGACGUGGCAGACAUUGAACUGGUUGACUCGGAACGCAACGGCAGCGGAGGCGGCUGCUACUGCGUUUUCUUCUUCUAA